UACUUAGUAGCUUGUCCAGUCUCUUCCAAGUACCGGUGAACUCAAAUUCCUGCGAGCUGGCCGGGAAUUCUCUCUCUUUAUCUCCCACUCUUUGCUCUCCCUUCGUUUGGCUUCACUUGCGACUGCGUCGCAUCGUCGCGACUUCCGACCGCCCUCUGAAACCCGACCUCUCAACCGUAUCCCAACUACUAGAAAACAAUGUGCUCCGGACCGGCUUGGAAAAGAGAGAUUGUUCCCGACCAUAAGUUCGACUUCAUCGACACGCGAGAAUUCACCGACAAUGGCUUUCUCAUGCGGCUCAAGUACCUAUGGCUGUAUAUCAUUAUCCUCAAGUCGUUCCUUGUAUACAUAUCCGACAUUUUCUCAGCAACUACUAUGUUGACCACAUCGUCAUGGUCAAAUCAAAUCUACAAUGACUGUCAACAUCAGGAAGGGUGCUUUUAUAUUCCCUUUGACAUUGGCAAGUGGCUGUUCGUAGGGUGUAUUUUAUUUGGCUUUCUUUUGUUGGCAUACGAGGCGCACAAGUCCAAGAAAAUCAUUGCAAGUCGGGACAUCUCAUAUGCUUUCACGAAUGUGAUGGCAAACCAUUAUUAUUCACUGCGUUCCUACAACCACUUCUGCUUCUUUGACCAUAUCAGUAACUCUACAAAGAAGAAGGAUGAUUUCGCUUUCUUCAUUUUCUUCACCUUCAAGAGCUGGAAGCGGCUGCUUCUGUCUGAUGGACCUCGUCAAACGAUCAAUGCCCUCACGCUCUAUAGCAUCUACUUAGCAAAGAAGGGUAAUGGUCCUUGGUACAACGUGUCGAAGUAUUUUGCGGGAAACAGCUUCUCAACUUCUGCUUUGAUGAUCUCGACAUUUUUCACCGUUGUGAUCUUCGCCGGCUCUCUCUUCUUACUGAUUUGUGCCGGUGUCUUUUACAUCCCCCUUCUUUGUUACAUCCAAGGAAACUUGAAGGAAUAUGUUUGUCACAAAGUUGAUAAGCGCAUCACGGAGGUCAUCAAACGUCGGAAUAAAGAGCGUUUAGCAAAGGCUGCUGCCUUGGCCAGGAAAGAAGCCAUGGGCGACUAUUCCCACCUUAUGAACAAAAAGGGGGAGAUGAUCGCUAAGCCCCUGCCACAACCCACCCUUCCGAAUCUCUCAGUUGAUGACGACGCAGAUACCGUUUCGGUUACUAAGCGUGGUUUGCCCAGUACUCAUACCCAGGACUACUACUAUGGCUCUGACAGCAAGAGUAUAGCCCCUAGUUAUCAUACGAAUCCCGGUGGAGGCGACUAUGCGGACUAUCCCCCUAUGCCUUCCUACAGCGUGCCCUACUCCCAGCAGGCAAGCACGACCUACAAUUCUGCAUCUGCCUUCGAGGAGGGGGUUCCCAGUCAUGUUGGUGAUGUGGACAACUACGAUGGUCCAAUCAGUCACUCGUCAGCUCCAGCGCUCACCACUUACCGACAUGAUCCCUACGGUGUCGUAGGUGCGGCAGGUACAUAUCCCACAGAUAUUCACGAAUUGUACCAGGGAAGAGCUUCCCCGGGCACUCGACUGCCAAGCGAAGGGGGAGUGACUCGCGAUGUGCAGGACUGUCCGAGUCACUCUCAGCCGCAGCAAUACGUCCAUGAUUAUGGCCAUUACGGGGAUCCAUACGGCCAAUACCAGGGGCAUGGGGGACAAGAUGGAUAUGAUUAUGGACGUGCUUUUUAGUCCAGGUUGACCAGAGUCUUAUGACUAUCGUUACAUAUCCAUCACUUGUUAUCUCUCUUUUCAUUUUAUCUCACCUAUUUCUCUCCAUGUUGUGAUGCUGCAAACACAACAAAAGUCCCAUGUCUUGUGGGUGGCUCAUUGGUGACUUGACAUUGUGUCGCCCGACACAUUAGAUUUUACUAAUGGUACAUAGCCGAAUAUAACAAACGCGUCAUCACC